GUCAAAAACAGAACAAGAGCAUCCUAAAAUAGGAAAGGAAACAGAAAACUAACCUAAAACAAAAAUGAGGAGAAUGAGCUUGUGGGUAAUUUUUCUUCUAGUGUUGUUUUUGAAGAAAGAGUGCAUUAAUGUUGAGGGUAGAGGAGGUUUCAUAAGGACAAAUGGGUGCCAUUUCAAUGUAAAUGGGAACCCGUUUCUUGCAAAUGGGUUUAAUGCUUACUGGCUAAUGUAUUUGGGCUCAGACCCAUCUCAGAGAGGUAAAGUCUCUGAUGCAUUCAGUCAAGCUUCAAGCCAUGGGCUAACCGUUUGCAGGACUUGGGCUUUCAAUGAUGGAGGAUCUAGUCCUCUUCAAUCCUCCCCUGGAUUCUACAAUGAGCAAAUGUUCAAGGGUUUAGACUUUGUGGUGUCUGAGGCUGGAAGGUACAAGAUUAGGCUGAUACUAAGCUUGGUGAACAACUAUGAGGACUUUGGAGGGAAGAAACAGUAUGUAGAGUGGGCAAGGAGUCAAGGGCAGAUUAUUGGAUCCGAGGAUGAUUUCUUCACUAACCGUGUUGUCAAAGGUUAUUAUAAGAAUCAUGUUAAGGCUGUGCUCACAAGAUUAAACACCGUAACUGGAGUUGCUUAUAAGGAUGACCCUACAAUUUUUGCAUGGGAGCUGAUUAAUGAGCCCAGAAGCCCUUCAGAUUUGUCAGGAAAAAGCAUUCAGUCAUGGAUCACAGAAAUGGCUUCUCAUGUGAAGUCCAUAGACAGCAAUCACUUGCUAGAAGCUGGCCUUGAAGGAUUCUAUGGCCCCUCUUCAUCUCAAAUGAACCAACUCAAUCCCGGCUUUCAAGUAGGAACUGAUUUUAUCUCCAACAAUCAGAUCCCAGAAAUCGAUUUCGCCACUCUUCACUCGUAUCCCGACCAAUGGUUAUCCAACACAAGUGAUCAGCAACAACUGGUGUUUCUAAACACAUGGCUCGACACGCACGUAGAAGAUUCCAGAAACAUACUCAAGAAACCAUUGUAUUUGUCAGAGUUUGGGAAAUCGUGGAAGGACCCUGGAUAUAACAGCUCACAGAGAGACGCGAUGUUCAAUACUGUGUAUAAUAAAAUCUAUGUAUCGGCCAGAACUGGAGGAGCUACUGCUGGUGGGCUUUUCUGGCAACUUUUGACACCAGGGAUGGAUAGUUUCAGAGAUGGGUAUGAGAUUGUUCUCGAUGAGAAUUCGUCGAUCAGUAGAGUUAUAACAGUUCAGAGUAGAAAACUUCACUCUCUUGGCAAGUUUCAUGCCAGGAUGAAGAAGGUAAAGGGAGAGUAGGAAGUAAUAACGUUGAAUGUUGUUGUGACGAGUAGGAUGGGGUAGGUAUAAUUCUAGUGUGUUGGUGUUUUCUGUGAGAUGUUUGAGAUUUCAUCCAAGAGAAGCACUUUGUACUACUUUCAGAUCUCAAUGAUGUAUGAUAUGCAGAUGUUUGAG